AUGGAUGAUGAGGCUGCCGAGAUUGAGCUGCUGGAGCAGCAUCUUAACAAGUCCACUCAGUUGUCGACUCGUAUGACAUCUAUAUUACAGAAAUUCGAUUCACGGCUAGUGAGACUCGAAAGCACUAUCCUACCGCUUCACAAGUCAACACAGUCGCUGACCAGAGUUGUGGAGAAUAUCAAUAGGACGUUGGAAGUCAUUGAACGGCUCGAGAGUGAGCAUGAGAAUGUGGCAGCUGAGGAGGCUCUCAUCAUGAGAGGUCCACGCGAAGACCAAUUGCUUGAAUAUAUCGACGCAAUACAGAAACUGAAUGUGAACAUUGCGUUUAAAGCUGCGGAGCGGGCAAGCAACGAAACAGCACGUCUUGUCGAAACGGGAGCAAAGAAACUCGCCCAAAUGUUCACAAAAUUUGUUGCGGAAUCAGCAUCCGCCCCUCAGCUCGCAAAUCCCAUGUCGUACCUGUCGUCCCUCCCAUCCGACAUUCCCAUCAUUGACCCCGGUCUUUUGGAGAUAAUGCGACCUCUUGUUGGUUGCCUCAGAGGGCUCCCUGUUCCAGCAACUCAUCCCUCUCACCCCGCAGCUGUGACCACUCUCGCCACCCUUCAGGAAGCACAAAAAGGCUAUGCUGAGAUGAGAAGCUCUUGGGUGAAGCGAGGUCUUGAACCUGAAGCUCAUCGAAUUGUGGAUGAGGCGGCGGUAGGAGGUGACGCAGGCGUCGCUGUUGGUCAAGAGUUCGGAGCGUGGAUUGAGACUCUCAUACUGCUUGCCGAGUCAGAGGAGGCCUUAAUGAAAGAAACGGCGCCUCUUACAUCCCCCUCUGCCUUGCACACAACAUUUUCCACGCUGACACUCCCGCUCGUCAGUCUCAUGUCUUCGACACUCGCGGCCCUGCAGGCGAUAAUAAAGAAGUCAAAAAGCAACACCCAUCUUCUCCUAACAUUUUCUCUUUUUUCUUCAUUGGCAGAUACUACCCUUCAGGCCCGGUUCGAUAGUGUGCUUCGUGCUCCGAGGACGUCGAGGAAGACCAACGAACUUGGAGACGCGAUGCAUAGCGUCCGAGCUACUUGCCUUCGAGCUUUUCCGGAACUUUUGGCUGACAUCAAAAUGGCCGGCGUCAUUUCGGCUGAUAGGGUAGUUGACCUGGGCUCGGGAAUAGCUCCUAUAAGUAGCAUCACAGUCGAGUUUUUGAAGAGGCUUCCAGCCGUUCAAGAUGGUGUUGUGGCAGCUUUGAGAGUCCUCGGAGAUGGGAACUGGAACAUGGGAGCCGCGACGGGAAAUAUGAGACGUGUCGGAGAGCUCCAAGAAAUAAACGAUGGAGGACUCCUGGAGCACUUCACAUACGACGUGAUAUCGAACCUCCUAACAACGCUCACAACACUGACCAAAACCCAGAGACAGCUUUCACUUUCAUCCAUCUUCCUUCUAAACAAUAUCUCCUUCCUCCGACACCAUCUUCUUAUAGCUACGCCCACCCCUGUCGACGACCUGCUCUCUGAAAAGACUCAGUCCCUCCUGAAUGCCACUUUCCGCAGCGCCAAAGCGACCUACUUGGAAUCCAACUUUACCGUCCUAGUUUCCUGCCUCUCGGAAGACAAAGCACAGAGCGGGUUAGGAUCAGGAAAACAGAGCACGAAGGAGAAAGCGUUGCGUUUUUUCGACUGUUUAGAGGAUGUAAUGGAGAGACAUCGUUUUGCUAAAGGGAUUAUGGAGGAUGAUGAUGAAGGGAGAACGAAGAUGGCGGAUGAUGUCGUAAAGCUAGUUAUCCCAGUCUUGGCGGCGUUCUUGGCGAAGCAUCGAGAGAAAGAAUUUAGUAAGAAUCCAGCGAAGUAUAUUAAAGCUUCCCCAGAAGAAGUUGAGCGACAAUUGAGAGCAUGCUAUGGAGGUUGA